GUAGAGAGUCUCUAUAACACAUAAUUAAUCUGAGAAUCAAAGGAUGAGAAGGACGAGAAGAACAGAUGAAGGAGAGAAUCAUCAAGAAUACAAGAAAGGGUUAUGGACAGCAGAAGAGGACAACAUUCUUAGAGAUUAUGUCCUUACUCACGGCAAAGGCCAAUGGAACCGCAUCGUCAGGAAAAACGGGCUGAAGAGGUGUGGAAAAAGCUGUAGACUUAGAUGGAUAAAUUAUCUGAGCCCUAAUGUGAAUAAAGGCAAUUUCACUGAACAAGAAGAAGACCUCAUUAUUCGUCUCCACAAGCUCCUCGGCAACAGAUGGUCUUUAAUAGCUAAAAGGGUGCCUGGAAGGACAGAUAACCAAGUCAAGAAUCAUUGGAACACUCAUCUCAGCAAAAAAAUCGUAGGGGAUUAUUCCUCCGCUGUCAAAACCACCGGAGAAGAAAAUUAUCCACCGUCACUACUCAUCACCGGCGCAACAGCUUCUUGUCAUCAUCAACAAGACAAAAUCUGUGACAAGAGCUUCGAGGGCCUAGUAUCAGCUUCUUACGAGAAUAAACCAAAAGCAGGGUUGACACAGAGAGAAGUCAUGGUGGAAAACACUAAUGAUUCGAGUAUUUACUUCAAAGAGAGGAACAACUUUGAUAGCAGUAACGCUUUCUGGUUUAAUGAAGACGAUUUUGAGAUGAAUUCAUUUGUUAUGAUGGAUUUUGCGUCGGGUGAUAUUGGCUACUGCCUCUAGUUAUGAUAUAAAAAAUUUGUGUUUAAUGUUCUUAAUUCUGGUUCAUUAAGGUUUAAGGAUAUUGAUAUAUAUACGAUCUACGAGUGCUUCUUUUAUA